AUGUCUCUCCCCGCGCAUCUUUUAGCCCCCGUGCCGUGAGCAAAGGAAGGACUCACGAGUCACAACGUUGAGCUUGGCUGGAAAAGCGGCGCGGCGCGACAACACUGUGUCGUAAACAACUUUUCUCUGCUUUCUGUUUUUUCCGGUCACGGCCAUUUGCGAACGUUGGCCAAGCAACCAAGUGAGCGGUGUAGGCGUCCGGUGUGUGAUGGUUGUUGGAGUGACGGCUAUUCCCGUUUAAAUUCGCUUUCUACCUGCAUCCGAGCGAAGGAAUUAUGGUCGGUUUUGCAGCCUGCGGGCCCAACGAGGCCCUCGUUGUAUCGGGAUGCUGUCACGCGCAUCCACUGAUGGUUCCCGGAGGAAGAGUCUUUGUCUGGCCCAUCAUACAGAGAGUCCAAAGGAUCAGCCUCAACACCAUGACACUGACAAUUGAAAGCCCAAAGGUCUAUACCCAGCAGGGUGUUCCUAUAUCAGUGACUGGUAUAGCUCAGGUCAAGAUUCAGGGCCAGAACAUGGAGAUGCUCAAGGCGGCCUGUGAGCAGUUCUUGGGCAAGAACGACGAGGAGAUCAUGCACAUUGCCAGGGAGACGUUGGAAGGCCACCAGAGGGCCAUCAUGGGCACAAUGAGCGUCGAGGAAAUCUACAAAGACAGGAAGAAGUUCUCGAAGCAAGUCUUUGAGGUUGCCUCGUCCGACCUGGUCAACAUGGGCAUCACGGUUGUGUCCUACACCAUCAAGGACAUCAGUGAUGAGGAGGGCUAUUUGAGAGCACUGGGCAUGGCACGGACAGCGGAAGUGAAGCGUGACGCCCGCAUCGGAGAGGCUGAGGCACAGCGGGACUCACAGAUCAAGGAGGCCCUUGCGGAGGAAGAGCGCAUGGCGUCCCGUUACCUGAACGACACGGAGAUUGCCAAGGCGCAGCGGGACUUUGAGCUGAAGAAGGCGGCCUACGACAUGGAAGUCAACACAAAGAAAGCGGACAGCGACCUGGCGUACAGCCUGCAGGCGGCCAAGACUCGGCAGCGCAUCAAGGAGGAGCAGAUGCAGGUGCAGGUCAUCGAGCGAACCCAGGAGAUUCAGGUGCAGGAGCAGGAGAUCCUGCGCAGGGAGAAGGAGCUUGAGGCCACCAUCCGGCGCCCUGCCGAGGCCGAGAAGUACCGCCUCGAGAAGAUGGCCGAAGCCAACAGGAAUCGUGUCAUCAUGGAGGCUGAAGCUGAGGCAGAGGCACUUCGCUUGAAGGGAGAGGCAGAGGCCUUUGCAAUCGAGAGCAAGGCCCGUGCAGAGGCGGAGCAGCUGAUCAAGAAGGCUGACGCCUUCCGCGAGUACAAGGAGGCGGCCAUCCUUGACAUGAUGCUGGACACCCUGCCCAAGGUGGCGGCGGAAGUGGCGGCACCCAUAUCGCAGUGCAAGCGGGUGGUCAUGGUGUCCUCCGGCAAGGGAGAAGUGGGUGCAGGAAAGCUCACCGGGGAGGUGAUUGACAUCAUCACCAAGACCACCAGCAUGGUUCACCAGCUGACUGGGGUGAACGUGGGCACCGCCUGCAGCAAGGACCGCAACAUCACCGGAUGGAACACCAAGACAGCCCAGGCGGCCAUGUGAACCGACAGCAGGAGCUUUGCAACGGUCCCAGUCAAAAAGAAUGCCCUCCCUUGAAAAGCUCCGUGCUCCAACCCUUGUUUAACCGACACACGCUUCGCUUUGGCGUGCUUGCUCGAGGAACAUUCAGACCUUCUUUGUGUCGGGAGUUUCCCGUCCAGUAGAGUGCUGCCGGUUUCUUUCUCUCCUGCGUGAAAGGCUUGUGUACGUUCCGUACAUAGUUUUAAAAAGUCGUCCCUUCGUUACUUUUGUCUCUGUUGAGGGCUACACAAGACGUGCAAGAAGCAGCGCUAAUCAUGUACAUAUAAUUAGUCAGAGCAUUAUAUAUUAUUAUAUUAUACAUACGCAUGCUACUCUUUAGGCUGAGGAUUUGUACGAGCGUACACUCGGGCUUCAAAUGCCAGAUUUACCUGCCAGCUCCGGGGAGGAGCUCACACGGCUUCUGAAGUGAGCCGUUCCUGCUUUUCAAAGUGUCAAGUUUCGCACUGUUGCUUUGCGGGCCUUUCUUUUUUGUUUUUGUGUCUGCAUGUCAACUGCACAAGUUUGGUCGUGCCCAUUUAGAGGCCGUUGUGCUGAUCUGCCGGUUGGUGAAACAGCAUGCCGUGCUUUCCCUUCUCAGUUUUUUGUCUUCCUCCAGCUUGAGUGUCACUUCAAUGCAGUGAAUACCGAGUAUGCACCAUAUUUUGCUGUACAUAGGCCACAAAUUUCAUUUGAUGUGUUGCGUCUGACGUCAAGUUGGGUGUGCUUGUUUUCCUCUUUCAAGCAUGCUGGAGUUUAAAACUCACUUUUUUUUAGGGGGGGGGAUCACCUUUAAUAAAGGAAUUUUUGUCUUGCUUACCUAGCUUUCUGAGAGUUUGCAUCCCUGUGUGGCUGCGAACUUCUGCUUGUCGACCCGGGCAACUCCAACAACCUUAGUUUCCACCCAUCGACUCCCGCAAUUCUAGUGUGAUGGGGGUUGUCGACGUGGCUGCGGUUCUGAUUGUGCACCCGCAUGGAUGCCCCGAAUGUUCCCUCGAGUAUUGGGGAUCACCAGUGGGUGUUGCGAAUGCUGCCUUGCCUGCUCAAUUUCUGGAUGCCAUCCAUAACUACAAGAGGAGGAGCUCUUAGGACAAGAGGCCCGUUGCAAAUGCAAACGCUGGAGCAAAUCUCGUGUAAACAAGCACCGCCCGUUGCCGCAGUACGCUACGUUAAAAUGCAAAGCAGCUUUUGCGAGAUAGUUGUCUGGAUGUCUUGUGACACGUGGUCGGUGGAUGAGCGUUGCACUGCAUGCCAACAUCGCCAAGUAAUUUGACUAGUCUGCAGAACUGGGCAGUUGUACGGGAAAAAAAAUGGUGUUGUAGAACUUUCUCCUUUCCUCAUCCAGAGACUCUGCAUGUGUUCAUUGGGUGUUGCAAAAGUGAAGAGUUGUCGUAUGUAUGGGAGCUUGGAACGAUUUUGGGUCAGGAACUUAAAACGGCGAUGGGUCAGAGCCGUUUGGCAUACGGUUGCCACGCAUUUAGAAAGGAAUGUGCCGCUGAAGGUCACCAGAGUGGUUCCAAGUGUGCCGCGGCAGCAGUAUUGAAAUUCCAAGCAAACCUCCGACGUUACCACUGCCGUUAUCGAAGUACACGUGUAUCCUGACUCAUGGCCGCGUUGUGGGAGCGUCCCAGCAAAUUGCUGUCUGUGUGCAUAGUCCUUGGGUAGAGACAGUUUUCCUAGAGUUGCCGUUUUCUGCUAGGCAAUCUCUUGCGCGAAGCUAGGCCGAAAAAAAAACCGCCCAUCCUUUUUCACAAUUAACGAGGUCUGCUGCGAGCGAGAGAAUCUGGAUGCCGAUAAGUACCGACAGGGGGCAGUCUCCCCGCGCCUUCUUCUAAAAGUAUUUUUUAUGCUUCGUGCGGGCGAGACGGAACUCGGCUUUCUCUGUACGCACUGUUCGGUUGGUGGUUUGCUGAAAGCGCAGAACGUGCGCAAGCAGCACGUCCAAACCUAUAGUAGAGGAGGCUUCAAUGUGUAUGGUAGCAAUAGCUUUUAGGUCAGUCUGUGUGUAUAUCUGACUGUUUUUUUUUCCUCUUUUCCCAUGCUUAUUAUUUCAAGCUGGUGCUGUGUCUUGUGUGAAAUAAACAUUUACAAAAGA